AUUUAUUGAGAUUUGUGUUACUAUAAUAAACUAUAAAAAAAUAUGUAUAUAUUCUAUAUUAUUAUAAAAUAUUCAAGAAAAUUUUUUUGUUAAUUUAUUUUGUUAAUAGAAAUGGGAUCAAGACUUCCAGCAGAUUGUCUACGCGUAAUAUUCGAAUUUCUACAAGAUCAUACCAAAUCAUUACAUUCUUUCCUACUUGUAAACCGACUUUGGUGCGAAACUACGGUUCCUAUUCUUUGGAGAAAUACGAAAAAUUGGUUAUUAUCUGAUAAAUCAACUCAAACACUUUUUACAACAUUAUUAUCUUGCCUUCCGGAAGAUUCGAAAAAACUCUUAUCUGAUAACGGGAUUAUAAUUCCUCCUCCAACUGCGCAACCUCUAUUAUUUGAAUAUGCGGCAUUUUGUCGUCGUUUAUCUUAUAAUGAUAUAAAUUAUGUUAUUGAUGGGGCAAUUGGAGAUCGACGAUUAAGCAAUUCAAGAAAAUUAUAUAGCAAACAUCUUAUCAAACAAGAAAUGUUUCGAAUGUUUUUAACUCGAUGUUCGACGAUCGAAUUUCUUGAUAUUUCGGAUCGAAAAAAUACCGAUGUACCUUUACCAUAUUUUACAGGAGCCGAAACAAGUUUUUUGCAUUUAUGUGAAUUACGAUGUAAUACGGAAAUUCCAUCAUCGAUAUUUUAUCGUAUGGCACAAAUUUGUAGGAAUAUUGAAACUUUAUUUAUCGGAUAUUAUCCCUUUGAUAAUGAAGGUUUAGCAACGCUAAUUGAAGUUCAAGAAAAAUUAAAAAAUUUUGAAUGUCAAUCUCAAAUACGUAAUACAGAAUAUACAGAAUAUACAGAAUAUGCAGAAUAUACAACACUUGAAAGGCCACCAAAGCCACCAUGUAAAAAUAUAGCAUCCGCUUUAUCAACAUGUUCUAAUAAAUUAAUAAACUUAGCUUUCGGAGGAGAUAUAAUAAUUAUUCCGUCAUCCACAAUAGCAGAAAUUGCUAAUUUACAAGUAUUAAGAUUGGAUUUUAAUCGAAAUUUGAAUGAGGAAAUUUUGGAAAGUUUAGAAUUUACAGCACUUCCAAAUCUUAAAAUAUUAAAAAUGGGUGGUAUAUUAGCUCCUUUAAUAAUGUUGGGAAGAUUAAUAAGAAGGACAAGAAAUAAUCUUGAAAAAAUUUCAUUAUAUGGUUGGGCAACACCUGAAACAAAAUCAAUUGGAAUUUUUAAUAAAGUUGUGGCUCAAUAUGCACCAAAAUUAAAAUAUCUUACAACUUGGUGUUACGAAAAUAAUUUUACUGAUAUUGAAUUAAUAUUAAAUUCUUGUGAUCAAUUGGAAGGUUUAACGAUUAGAACUCUUGAUAAUCAACUUGAUGGCGAUAUUUUGUUUGAAAUGUUGGGUAAUUUAAAUAAUGAAAGCUUUUCUAAAUUACGAAUAGCAGGUGUAUGGGCUUUUACUCAUGAAGGAUUAAAAAAAUUUUUUGAAAAAAGAAAGGAAAAGAAAAAGAAAAAAUCUUUCUCUUUAUAUAUAUGUGAUUGUUACGAUGAGGUUGAUAGUUGUAUUGAAAUCACAAAAAGUCACAUGAAAAUUAUCGAUAAAUAUAAAGCUGAUGGUGUUUUGAAAAAUUUUAAAAUAGAAUAUGAUUUUACUGGGGACUUUUAAUUAUUAAUACUUAAAUGUAGAUUCUGAUCAUUAAUUCUUGUAAUUUUUGUAAUAUUUUGAAAGGA